GCCCACACCAAAAAUUUUUCUUGAAAUUGAUUUUUUGAAUUAUUUCUGGAGUUAAUCCACUCAGAAUUUGCUUUACAGCCAGGAAAACUCCACCUGGCCAGGAAAAAUGCCGGAAAAUAAGUGAAAGUUCCAAAAAAAUAACGAUAUGGGAGUUAGCCUACUUUUGGAACAGCCCAAUAAGUUUUAAUCCCUCUAACCUCAUUCUUAGUGAUUUUUUUGACAACUCAAAAAAAAAUCCCCGGACAAAAUAUUAAUUUGUGUUUUUCUGUACUUCCUGCAGUUCCUGCAUACAGGAAAACUGCUUAAUUAUGGAAUUGAGUGAUUCCAUUUGCAGAGUUUGUAUGCAAAAGGGGGAGAAGAUCAUAAUUUCUUCUGAUAUAAUCUUUAUGAUCCAUUUCUGUGCACAGAUUGCUGACCAUGAAAGACUCCCCAAAGGGGUUUGUGAACAAUGUCACGAGAAUCUACAUGUUGCCUAUCGUUUUCGAACAACCUGCGAAGAAUCAAAUGAUAAAUUUUGGGAGUUGCUUGGUCAACUGGAUGAGGAGGGAUUGGAGCUCUCAUUCGAUGCCAAAAAUGAAGGAAGCACUAAGCGCGAGACUGGGGAAGUAAUGGAAAUCCUGGAAGUUGUCGAGGAACAAUUGCUAUCGCCAAAAGUAGAGGAAUACGAAGGAUCCCCUCAGGAAGCCCAGAAGAUCCGCGGUGAAGAGGAAAUUUUAGCCAAUGAGGAACAAAAUUUAACACUGAAUGAUAUGCAGCUGACCUUGCCUCCGGAUGGGAAUAAAGUUCCUACUGAAGAAGUUUCAAUGAACACGGAACUUCCGGAAGAAAAGGGAAUAAUCAAAAGAAGAGGAAGACCUCGGAAGAGUCCUCAUGUGGUUGCUGAAUGUGUUGCCAAAGAGGAAAAAAUUGCAAAACCCUUCCAGUGUUCGCAGUGUGGACGAGCAUUCUCACGGCAAAAGAUUCUCAAUCGACACGAAAAGAGUCACAAUGACCCACCUAAGGAGCGUUCCCGGAAGCUGCGGGUACGGAGAAUACCUGUGAAACUCGAUGAUGGCCAACGUCCGUGUAAAUUCUGCAAGGAAAUCUUCCCGUCACGCCAGGAGCUCAAUGAGCACAUGAAUGAGCUUCAUACGAAUGAACGACCUUACCUCUGUAGUGAAUGUGGUCUUAGAUUCAUCCGCAAUGACUACCUGGUUAUCCAUUUGCGACGACAUAAAGGAGAAAAACCCUACACGUGUCGCUUUUGUGGAAAAGGCUUCCCGCGUGCAACGGAUCUCACGGUACACGAGCGCUAUCACACAGGUGAGAAAACACACCUGUGUACAGUCUGCGGCAAGGGCUUUCAUCGUGCCUACAACCUGCUCGUUCAUACACGUGUGCAUACAGGAGAGAAGCCCUACCAGUGCCCCCACUGUGACAAGAGCUUUGCCCAGGGCAAUGAUCUCAAAGCUCACGUUCGACGACACACCGGGGAACGCUUCAAAUGCGAUGUGUGCAAUGAGGGCUUCAUCCAGGGAUAUCAUCUCACACAGCACAAACGUCAGGUGCACGGGAUCAUUGUUACAUCGCACAUUCGGCGCCUUGAGAAGUUCCUUCCGGAAAGAAUGGAAAUGAAUCUAAUGCCUGCUGUGAUUAAGGACACACCCGAAGAAGUUCAGGAAGUUGCGUGGGAACAGUCAAUGUAAAAUAAUUAGUCACAGCUGAGAAGGAUAGGUUGAUCCUUAAAAUAAACGUAAAAAAGGGAA